UCAUGGGUUGGAGAAGGCGAGAGGUGCUACGUCUUCUGGUGACAGAGGGAUUUAGGGCGAGGGCCAAACGGCACGGAGUGGCAUAGCUGAGGGAAAGCAGUGGGAGAGGACUUGGAAGAUGGUGUCUACCAGUGUGGUUUUCACCUGGUUGCUUUUCACCCUGAGGACGGUGAUGUCAGCGGUUCAUCUGGAGCCCAUGGUGGAGGAGCUCAAUGAAACGGUGAUUUGCACCAAUGCCCACAUGGACGUCAUCAUUCCAAGUGCUUUUUUCCUCAACAAGGUGCCUCCGGUCUACGUGGAGGAUUUGCACCUAAAUGAUCCAGAAUGCCGGGGAGAGGAAAUCGGGGACGACUUUGUUUUUAGCAUAAGGACAAAUCUCUCUGACUGUGGGACCAUAAUGGUCUCUGAUGAGACGCACAUCAUGUUCAUCAACACCAUACACAAUAACUAUUCAGAUAUCAUCACAAGAAACUACAUUAACAUCACGUUCGUGUGCCGCUACCCCAUAAACUACAUGGUCCAACAACCCAGCAGUGAAAAUGGGAUUCGAGUGGAUGUCAGAAGCAUCACUCUGAACACUGAGGAUGGGAAUUUCUCCGUGUCCAUGCUGCUGUACAAAGAUGGGGCCUUUCAGGACAGAUGGACAACUGUCCCGUCCCUAACGCUAGAUGAAAACGUCUAUGUGAAAGUUUUCAUGAUACCGGCUCACCUGAAGCUGCGUCUGGAGAGAUGCUGGGCCACGCCCACCAGGGACCCGUACGGCAACGUUCAGUAUACCUUCAUCAGGGACAGUUGUCCAGUGUUGGCAAACCAACAGACUCUCAGCGUCCUGAAGAACGGCGAAGGUCCAGAGGCCAUGUUCGGGAUACAAAUGUUUAAGUUUGUUGGCAGCUCUUACGCUUACGUGUUCCUGCACUGCAACGUCCAGAUCUGCCACAGCGGCCUGAGUGUAUGUAAGCCUAACUGUACCACUGAAGAUGGACUGAUGAGGAUACGGAGAGACAUCCCACUGUCCCACACGGUGUCCUAUGGGCCAAUCAGAAGACUGCUUACUGCCAGCGAAAACCCCAGUCUAAACCCUAGCGGUCUCCCUCCAGUGGAGACUCUUGUGCUCGGAGCUUUGCUGAUCGUCUUGCUGCUCAUCACUGGGGUGUUUGGGAGGCUGUGGCUUCGCUCCAGACGUUUCUACCCGGCACAGGAGGCCCAGCUCACCCUUUCUAAUAUUCACCACAUCUCAGAGGUGGCUUCGUGAAGUCAGACCUUUUUACAACAUACAAAUGGACAUAGAGAAACUCACAUAAAACAGGUGUGAUUAUAACUAUGAACUUUAUGGGUGUUUUGUGUUUGUAUAUUGUCUAUUGUUAUUUUAAAGAAAUGGCUCUAAGUCAUCUACUGUCUCAUUUUUAAGAGCUCUUACAGAGUGUGAUGUAGUAACUUUAAUAAUAAAAAAAAUUAAUGUGUGGUUUA